UCUCUUUCAACGACAUCCCGUGGCUCUGUUCCCAAAACCUCUUCUCAACCCAAACGGAAAUCCCCAACAAUUCUCCUAACUGCCUUACUGGGUGUUGCGCGCUCAAGUCACGGCUUUUUCAUACUCACUCCUCCAUUCCAGCCCACUCGUAUAGGCAAUUCUGGGCCUGGACAGAGAUUUGGAGCGUUGUUUAAUUUCGGCGCCCGUCGAUUCGCUCUCACUUCUUCAUCACACUACAGACGCGUCGGCCUGCUUUUUAAUCAUUUGAAAUUAGUCCAGCCCUGGGUUUUCUGUCUAGAUAUACGCGGAAAAUGUUGUAAGGCGCCGGGCAGGCUCUGCUAACGAGACGUACGUCGCCUGCGAAAGGACGGUGGUGAUGACGUGUCUCUGCCACACAACACCGCGGAAGGGAUUUGUGUUGCAAACACUGCUGGACACACAAGACACAGCUACAACAAAGGGUAUGCAUAAACUCAUCCGUCCCCCCAAAAUUUCCACAAGAAGACUUGAGCAAGCAGCUGGAUGUUGUAUCUCCCUUAUCGGCCAUGAAAGAAUACCUGGAAGUGCCUGUUCAAUCACGCAGUCUGGAUUCCGCAGCCGGCGAUCUGCAGUGCGGACUCCGAAGGACUUGCGAAGAGCGACGGCAGCCAACGUGGAGCGGUGGCUACAGAGGAGGGCCGUUAUCUGACUGCAAGUAACACUUAAACUCCUGUCAUGGGACCAAGUGCAGAACACGCGAUGGAGAGCAACCACAGCAGCAGAGAGAGCAGACGGGACAGCCACUGGCAAUAAUUCAAUGUCACAGUCGUCGGCCCAUCCAUCCCUGGUUAAUUGUCCCAUGCACAAAUCCAGAUCUUCUCUGGCUUGCAGAAGAGCAGAAGCACCUGAUGGCCGAGCUGCUGCGGGGCAUCCUGAGGUGCGCUGUGCUCCCGGCCUUCUGGCUUCUGGGAGAGGGGCACUUUCAGGGGGGUCCCCGCCCAGCCCACCUCACACCCACACACACCUACAGACACACACAACACACACCAUGGAAUCAUCUCUUACCCUUGAGAUCGGACUGAUGAAUGAUGGCCACCAGAAAAUGGGAGGAAUCUGUUCUGCAAGACACUGCCUGUCUGAAAUGCAGUCCAUCCAUCAAGGACAUCAUCUUCCGGUUUGCCCGGUUGGUUCCAGCCAUUGGGAAAAUUAAGCCCUGGGCGCAAAUAGUCACCCGGCAUUCCGAGAUCAGUCACUCAACACACCACAGCACCACGGCCCGGACAGAGAGGCCAGCAUCGACGUCGCGGAACCACUGCCCGACACACUGGACACAGACAGGCCGGUCUCGAGAAUCAGCUUAGCGACCCUCGGUUGCGACUGCGAUAAAAUGACUAUUGAAUCAACACAGAACCGUCUCUGAGUCUCUCAUGAUACCGUAUUGUCCCUCGCCUUCUCUCGCCGUGGUCUGCUGGCUGCUGGCUGCUGGUGUGGUGGUGGUGGUGUUCUCUGGUGUUGCAGGCUGCUCUCUGCUCUUCCUGGGUUGGAUGGUGGCUCUCUUGGCUCGGAGGAUGGAGAUACUCUCCAGUCGUUGGCUGCUUUUUGCUCACGUCGCACAAUGGCGCAUUGUUUUUUUGCCGGGAUCUUUGUUGGUGCUGCAGGUUGACUGACACUUUUCCGCUUUAGACACAUCGCACUAGUCCGAAUUCAGAAACGCCCCAUACACAACUCGCUGCAUGCACUUAACCGAUUUGUGAACCUCUCCUUUCGUUCGUUUUGUUGCAAAAUACCCGAUUUCACGAAUCCCGAUUCUUCUAUCCAAGUGCUUCACUUCCACCAUCACCAGUUGUCCAACUACCGAUAUUACGACUGAGGUUUCGAAGAGUUUGAACGACUUUUUUUUCGAUCGAAGCCGAUAUCACCAUUGUUGGUGGCUAUUUCACGAUUUCCGCCAAGUCCCACCUGUCAAAUCGUUUAGUUGCAUAUAGGUUGCCGAGUCACGUGGCACCCCUUUUUGCCUCGUCAACCUGAAGGAGGACCAUGGACCAAAGCCAUGGCCACGACAGUGGCAUGCCGGACUGGGACCCCAAUGCCUUUAUAUCUAAUGACACAUGGGAUCAUCAGUUCAUGAACCCGAAUUUGGGCUUUGAUCAACCUAACGGAGGCGACCACAGCUUCCAGAACACAGAGUACCUCGGUUCGGCACCAAUACACCCGCAGCUCUCUGGUGCUGCUGAGUUUCGGGAUUUUGAUCCGUAUCUAUCACAACACAACCCUGGCAACUUGUGGUCGAACUCCAGUCAGACGGAAGCCCAGUAUGGACAGGAUUCAGCGAUCGACCCCUCAUUCUAUCAAGAACAACAUCAGCAUCAUGCAAGAGAGCCAAACCCGACCACCAACAGCCGGUUCGCCCUCAACGUUCCCCAAAACGAUGACUUUGGCUCUCAUCUGCAUGCCCCGAACAACCAGGAGGCGACUCACAGCCUUCUUGAUACACCCGAACCCACACAAAAUGCCUAUGCUCAGAAUUCCAUGCCCCAAUGGCAUAAUCAGGUAGCUGCAAGUUAUGCCCCUGGCCACCAGUAUGAGAACCCACUUGCUGUAUCUCAGGCGGCAACUCUCACUCCACCAGUUCAAAACGGCUCCCCUUCUCCGUUUGGCUCUGCCCGCAACACCGCUGCGCAAUAUCAGCCAGAGGUACCGCCGGUACACCGCCAACAUCAGCAACACCACCCUCAAAUUCAACAGCAACAUCAAGCUGUCAAUGCUAGGUCUGUUCAUCCUCAGUUUGCUGCGGGCAUUAAUGGGCAACCACAACAGCAGCAGCAGCAUAUGCCUGUUAACCAGCUGCCCAUGUCCGGUGUUGGCAGCCCCCAUGUAUCACCCCAGCCACAGCCUGCCCAGAAAGCCAUGGGACAUCAACUGGCGCAACAAGCCCCGCGCUCCCAGCAAAUGCCACAACAGAUGGCCCAACAUCUGUCUCCACAAGUACCGCACCAGCUAUCGCCACAUGUAUCACAACCCCAGCAGGUGCCUCAGCAAGCGGUCCAACAAAAUCCAUUCCCCAAGCAAAUCGAGCGCGCUCAGCAGCAUCAAAGCGCCUCCAUUCAAUCUCCUCAGUCUGUUCCUGCUCAGCAGCCGAUAAGUCAGCCUAUCAUCAGUCACUCACCACAGCCUCAACAGGGUUUGCCUCAUCACCAGUUGCAGCAGCAGCAGCAACAUCAUUUCGUAGUGCAACAAGCGGCGUCUCCGCAGGGUCAAAAGCGGCCGUCCGAUGCCCAACUUGUGUCUGCCAUUGCAGCCAAAAAGGCCAGAAUAGUAUCUGCGGGACCAGCCAUCUCGAACUCGCCCUUGCCAGUGCAGUCCCAGCCAGUGUUGUUCCAACUACCAGUGCCGGUGCAACAACGACCGCGCAAUCUUGAGCCUGCUCCGCCGGUUUGCACCAUCAACUUUGAAGACACCAAGCUUCUGGAAUCUAUUCGGGAUCAAGAUACGCUUAGGUUCCCUGGUGUUCCUAAUAUCGUGAUCGGCGCGGAGCCGGUUAAGCUGAAGAGGAGCCCUCCAACAAAACGAUAUGUGACCCUCACUGCGAGACCUGGAAAGGCACCUCUCUUCCCUGGGAUUGCUCGCGGCUGGAUCAUGGCUGAGAGUUUGGCUAACCACAACGAAGCCUACAAGAAUGCAAAGACUGACGAGGAACGGUAUCAGGCCGAUACUCGACUUGAUGUGGAGAUGGCUAGGGCGGGCUGUGAAAUGCCGGUGGAAUGGAUGAAGAAAGUGCUCAAAGAGCAUUUGGGACCUAGGGCUGCUCUUCCAGCUCCGCCACCCGAGCCAAAAAAGACGCUUAUCAACGCGACUGAGAAAGUUCGGCUUCACCCUGCUCAUCUGGUGAACAAGGGCUUGUUCGAAAAGGUCAAUAACGAGUAUUAUCUAUAUGUGCUUGAAAUUGCGUCUUCGUUGAGAGAUGUACUCACUCGGCUCAAGAACCCCAACCAAUCUGAGCCCAGAGAGACCAGAGAUCCAGCAGAGCUGAAGCUGAGGCUCGAGCAGGCAAUUGUGGCGGGGAUCACAUACGGUCAUGAUCAGGUGUUGGCAGAGUUGAUCGUUGGGACUAUCCCUGGGACUGCUGAGAAGAAGCAACCAGUAAAGAAGCAACAUUUGGCAGUGGUGUUGUGCAACUUGGUCAUCAAGUUUUAUAACGCCGGUGAACUAAACUCGUCGCUGACCAAGGCAAUCUUGAAGCUCUUCACUAGGUUCACAACCAUGACAAUGAAGCUGCUGACCCUGGUAAAGAUGAAGCAGAUCAAAGGCGUGGUGGGGAAGAAGGGCGACGACGAGACAAAAGCACUGGUUGCUCGCAUUUUCGAAAUCGCAGAGAGCAACCCAAGUGAAUCAAGCGACAGCGAGAGCGACGCCGACUCUGACGCGCAAGAACCUAGUGGAAAAGCUAGCGGGGCGUCAAAGCAGAAGGACAGCAAGAAACUGUCCAAGGAGGGCUCAGCUUCAACCAGCUCCAAGUCAACAAACGCAAUUUCUGGCAGCGACUCCAAAAAGUUGCCCCCCACAACGUUAGCUUCCAAAAUGGCUAAACCCAACAGCGACAUCAAAAAAUUGCCUGCAACCUCAGUGUCCAAGACGAUGGGGCCUAAUAUUAGUGAGGUGAAGAAGAAGGUAUCAUCGUCAGCCUCGCUGCCUGCUGGACUCAAACGUUCGCGUGAAGAUGAUGCUGCUGGCGAGUCGCGCUCUUCUAAGAAGGCGGCGACUGAAAGUAGCACUUCCUCCGCUGCUGGCAUAAAACCUCCGCCGUCAUUGUUGUCUGGUAGUAAACUGCCUGCUGCCAACAAGGCUGCCGCCGCCAAACCUGCCACCACUGGUGCUUCGUCUACAACAGCAACAAGCUCCCAACCUAAAGCCCGGUCUGCCCUCCUGCUUCCUGGAAAAACCCGCCCACUCACAAAGCCCGCACCCACCAAGCCUGAGCCUCCCAAGCCCAUUGUCAAGCCUGUCGAGUCCAAGGCUCCAGUGGCAAAGGUUACCAAGCCUAGAGCUACCGAGACUCCCAAGGAGAGCUCGUCAUCUAGAUCUGCCUUCUCUGCUUUGAUGGAUGAAAUUCACCAGCCCAAGAAGGUCAACACGCCAGUUCUGCCCACCAAGGCCACUCCAGAGGUUCCGUUGAACGAGACUCCUGAGGAGCGCAAGCGUCGUCUGCGGAAGGAAGAGCGACGUGCACUGAGACUCAAGGUUACUUUCAAGCCUGGCGAUAAUCUGGUACAGAUCCGCGAGUUUGCUCGUGAGCCCGAGGAAAUCGAGAAUAGUGCCAAGAUGGCCGGUGGCGCCAACAAGUACGACGAAGCCGAGAGCUUCCGUAAGGUCAAUAGCAAACUCGGCAUCAGAGCCCACGAAAUCGAGGACCGCGACUGGGAGACACCCGUUGCUAUUGACUUUUCCCACAUCCCUGCCGACAAACGUACCGAAACUUUUGAGACUCGCGGUGGGCUUAAGACCUUUGAGACGGACGAGCAGCGCUUCAUUGCCGAGCAUGACCGCAACGAGUUGGUCGUGAUUUACAACCACCUCAACGACAUACCUCCCACCCCACGUUCGCCACAAUACGAGCCCAGCCUUAGCAGUUCCGGUUCCGAAUUGCGCUUGCCUCUCGACACUCCUAACUACGACGAGAUCAGAGUGCGCGCUGAUGAGUGCAGAAAGUUCGGCACCCGCCAAGCUUCCCGCUUUGCGCAAGGCCGCCUCGAAAGCAAGACACAAGCUGAGAGAGUGCAGGCAAAAGCCAAGUCGGUCCAACAAGAUCCCAAUACAUUCUACAGCCCGACAACUGCUGUUAGUCGCGAUCAAGGGACCUACGAGGUUAUUGAUUCGGAUCGCCUCAAGAAUUGGAGAGAUCCCAACCCGCUUCCGGCUCCUGAUCCAACCAAGACUUCAGAGGAAAGACUCGACGCCGUACUUAAGGCUUUGGAUAUGCUAGUGAGAACCAACGUUGCUUCUGUGUCUGCUCGGAGAGCGCAAGUGACAUCAGUCGCCCCUGCUCAAGCUAGUGCUCCUAUGAGUGUGAUUCCAGCGCAGGUUGCGGUGUCUGCGCAGCCUUCAGCCUCAACGCCAGCAGCUGCUCCUUCACAAACCGCAGCUGCUGCUCCCGAUUAUUCUGCGCAAUGGGCUCAGUACUAUCAACAGCAAGCUCAGCAACAGGCUUGGUACAAUCAGCAACAACAAGGCUCGGCACAGGCACCGGCAUUUGCUGCUCCCCAAGCUCAACAGCAGGCGCCUGAUGUCGCUGCCCUUCUCGCUCAGCUAGGUGGUCAAGCUGCUGCUUCUCAGCCAGCAGUUCAACCCCAAAACGCCCAGCUCCAGGCUGUUGUCGCCGCACUCGCUGGUAGCAACCAAGCCCAGGGCCCCGAACUCCAGGCCAUCAUGGCUGCGCUCGCCGGAAACAACCAGCCUCAAAAUGCUCAGUAUGUCGCCAAUCUAAUGGAGUGGGCGCAGAGUCAAUCUGGCGCCGCGAAGCCGACUUCAACAGCAGCCCCGACUGCCGCCUACAAUGCUGCCGCCCACCCUAACUACCAAGCUCAGUCGAACUACGGCCAGCAACAGCAGCAGCACCAGGGCGGCUAUGAGUCCCGCUCCUACAACCAGUCCAACCAAAGCCGUCCCGGCAACGACUUCUCCGCCUCCAUGUACGACGACGAGGGAUACGUCCCUCCUCCUGCGAACAACAACACUGGUGGCGGCAACUACGGCCGUGAUCGUGAUUGGGAUAGUAAUCGGGAUGGUCCUGGCGGCGGCGGCGGUGGUGGCGGUGGUCGCCGUAACAAGAAGCACAAGAAGCACGGCGGUGGUCAUCACGAUAGGGACAGGGAUAACAACAACAAGGACGACGUCCCUGAGCACCUCCGUAAUAUCAACACCCGGCUUAUCGGCACGAAGCAAUGCGCAUUUUAUGCCAAGGGGACCUGCGCUAAAGGGGACAAGUGCACUUUUAGGCACGAUUAAUGGGGACAAGAACAUUGUUCCAACAUAAUUCUUUCCUCUGUUAUCGGUUUUAUUGAGAAGCGGUGUCUUGGCAUGGGCAUUGCAUUAUUGCAUUAUCAACGACGACGAAAAUUUUUACACGGUUUUUUCUGCUUCCAUUGGGGCAGUUGCUAUUAUCAUAAAACUUCAGCGAAGUAUUGCAUUUUCGGCGCCAAGGGGGGAUGCGUAAUAUAGUUCAGUGAGAAGGGGUUUCAUACUUGUGACUGGUAGGGAAUUGUGAGCAAUUGUAUUUAUAUGGGGUGGGGAACGGAGAGAGAGAAAGCGGAAAAGGAGGGU